AUGUCAGGAGUGACUGAGGACGAUCUGGUGAAGCAAGAAUUGCAUUUUCGCGGAUUACUUUUGAAGUUACAGGAUAGUUUAACAGAUACGGAUCGAUGUCGUCUUCAUUUUUUAUUCGGUAAUGUUAUACCGAGAAGAUUGCGUGACGAUCCUUCGAUAGGUGGCACAUUGAAUCUGUUGGAGUCUUUAUUUGAUCGUGGAUUGAUAAAUGACCAAGAUUUUGAUUAUCUUAUACAGGCGUUUCGACAAAUUCAGCGUCAUGAUAUUGUUCAACGAUUGGAAUCUCAAACAGGCGACACACUAAAAAGCAAAGAUGAAACAACAUUGUGGCGACAAAUGAUGAGUGACAAUGAAGAGGAUAGAGUCUGCUACAAUGCCUUGAAAGACAGCGAGCAAUUAUCAACUUCACCAGUUGCUAAUACUGCUCCAAAUUCACUGUCGAGAGUAACAGAAAACGUUCGUGAAGCGGCUAGUGUUCCUAAUCAGUUAAUCAGAUUAAAAUUUCGAGAAACGCUCAAAGCGUGUAUUUCCUGUCGUAGAUUGAUUAUCUUCAAUAUAAUCAGUAUUUUGUUUAUUAUUGCCUCAAUCAUCGCACUCUUUAUUCGUGUACAAAUCAUACCAUCAGGCGGAUCCGAUUCGAAUGAUUGUCGUUUGUUUCACAAUCAAGAUACAGUGUCAAAAAGUCCGAUCGUUCUCGCUUAUUAUCUUUCAUGGUGGGUCGAUAGGAAUUAUAGUGUUGACGAUAUACCAGUCAAUAAGAUUACUCAUUUAAAUUAUGCUUUUGCAUAUGUUGAUGCACGAGGGCGAAUUGCUCUCAAUAAACAUACGUCAGCAGAAAAUAUGACAAAUAUCAACCAAAGUGACGCGCAAAUGCCGGAGAAUCUAAAACAAAUAAUUGAACUGAAAAAUCAAUAUCCACAUCUACGAACACUGAUUUCUGUUGGUGGAGAUACCUUUCAAGAAAACUUCAAGAAGGUUAUUGUGAGCAAUCGUAGUCGAUCGAUCUUUGCAUCGUCAUGUAUCGAUUUUAUGGAAAAAUAUCAUUUCGAUGGGAUUGAUCUGAAUUGGCGAGAUCCGAUGUCGGACAGUUGGCCGAACCAUAGUGGAAGUUUAGAAGAUAAACAACGAAAUCUCUACCUUUUCUUGAAAGAACUUCGUCGACAAUUGGAUACGAAAUACUUUCUAACUUUAGCUACUGGAGUUAAUCCUGAUCAUAUUAGUAAAAUGAAUUUGCCGAAGAUCAUUGAUUUUGUCGAUUGGAUCAAUGUCGUUACCUACAAUUUCCAUGAUAAUCAAGAAUUACAGACUGGCCACAAUGCUCCUUUGUACAAAAACGACAAUGAAACCUUGGAUGACGCGUCGGCUUCAUCUUAUACAUCGAAAAUGAAUUGUCAUGCGGCUAUUCAAGCAUAUCUCUCGGCGAGAGUGCCACCGAAUAAGAUCGUCAUGGGCAUUCCUUUAUAUGGAUACGGUUGGCAAGAAGUGACCAAUACGACUUUGAACGGAUUUUUACAAGCUGCAUCGAGUGUUCCUCCGAAUGGUACUUGGGGCGAUGGUUCGUUCGACUAUGACGACAUAAAAAAUAACGUGAUUCGCUCGUAUACACGUUAUUGGGAUGACCAAUCUAAAGUUCCAUUCCUUUUCAAUAGUUCAACAGGAAUUUGGAUUAGUUAUGAAGAUCUCGAAUCAGUUAAAUGGAAGUGUGAUUAUAUGAAAAAAAAUCGAUUAGCUGGUGCCUUCUUCUGGGAACUGAGUAAAGAUCGCAAAGGUGAACUGAUUGGAGCGACGUUCAAUGCACUGAACAAGGAUAUUGAUGUUCUAUCUAUGAAUCGACUUCGUUCAUGGAAAGCAAAUGCACAGUAUUAUGUGGACGAUCAUGUGAAAUAUGAUGAUAAAAUUUAUCGAUGCAUUCGUUCGCACAAGUCGGUAGCCGACCAAACACCACCUGCUGAAAAUCUACUCUGGUCACUCGAAUAUAUAUCAGUAUCAACAACGGCAAGUCGCGUAUAG